AUGUCGAGUGUCGAUAGCAUACCAGAGGCAGCUUUGAACAAUGCAAUCGAUGAGGUGGAGAUUAAAAUUGAAUAUCCAGAAGUCCACGCUGACCAAGAAGUUAAAAGCAAUUAUUCUACUGUUGAUAACGCGAACAAAAUACAACCACAAACUAUUGUACCUGAUCCGGCAUAUAACUUAUGGACAUCGAAAGCAACUUCUUGUUUAAUAAAUCAAUACAAAAAGUAUCGAUCCAUGGUGGGACAGACAACGCAAUUCAGAAGCCUUCGAGAUAUGUUUGAAACAAUUUCAGUAGAAAUGGAAAAACAUGGCUUUUUUUUCAGCCCACAGAAAUGUGAAAAUAAAUGGAGAGUUUUAGAGCGUAAAUAUAGGAAUUUAGUACUAAGAGAGAUGAUGAAGAAUCCUGGCAGGAUGAAACACUACGGGCAUUGGGAGCACAAAAGAGCGCUAGAUGAAAUCUUUUCUGAGAAACGAAAGUCUGUUUACUUACAAGAAAGCGAAUAUCCUCCAGUAAAUGGAUCGACCAAACAGUGUACGGAGAAAACAACGCAUUUAUCAAAUGUCGAAUUAAACGAGGACCCUUUAGCAAUGGCAAGUAUACCGGCUUCGAAAAACAUAGAACUAUCAAAAGAGCCGAUCGUUGCAUAUUUAGACAAAUUUUUUAUCGAAUUUAAAAAUCAUUUUGACACUGCCGAGAAAAAUAAAGAGAGAAGACACGUAGAGAAAAUGGCAAUACGUGAAAAUGAACUCAAGGUACAAGAGAGACUAUUAAAAAUAAAGGAACAAAAAUUAGAAAUAGAAAAGAAAAAAAUAAUCGCCAUGGCACAGAGUGUUCACAUGAUUAUGGAAUAAUAAUAAUGUUAAUUACUUUUACA